AUGCCUCCACCAGCGUUUUCGGGUGCCUCCCACACCCGUGAUGAUGUCGACAGCACAUGGCUCACCCUACGAACGGGCAUCGAUGGCAUCAUGACAAACCUCCACAGCGGCCUGAAUCUCGCCGACUACAUGAAACUCUACACAACGGUUCACAAUUUUUGCACGAGCCAGAAGGCUGUCAGCUUCAACGCUGGUUCGCUUGGAGCUCAUAGAGGUGCACACUUACUGGGAGAGGACCUGUACAAGCUGCUCAAUGAGUAUUUGGCACAGCAUCUGACGGGUCUUGUGGAGGAAUCGAAGAGUCACACUGAAGAGGCUCUUCUAGCCUUCUACAUUCGGGAGUGGAAUCGUUACACCAACGCCGCAAAGUACAUUCAUCAUAUCUUCGGGUACCUGAACCGCCACUGGGUAAAGCGGGAGAUGGACGAGGGCAAGAAGUCGGUGUACGAUGUCUACACCCUGCACCUCGUCAAAUGGCGCGAUGUCCUCUUCCACCAAGUUGUCCACAAAGUCAUGGACUCGGUCCUUAAACUGGUGGAGAAGCACCGCAACGGCGAAACCAUCGAAUACAACCAGAUCAAACUGGUUGUCGACUCCUUCAUCUCCUUGGGACUCGACGAGAACGACUCCCACAAGCCCACGCUCAACGUCUAUCGCUUCCAUUUCGAGAAGCCAUUCCUUGAAGCGACCAAAGUAUUUUACACGAACGAGAGCAAGCAGUUCCUUGCCGAGAACAGCGUUGUUGAGUUCAUGAAGAAAGCCGAGGCACGUCUGGAGGAGGAGGAAAACCGAGUGCAGCUAUACUUGAUCGGGGACAUAAUUAUCCAGCUCAAGAAGGCUUGUAACCAGGUGCUCAUUGAGGACCACAGCAACCUGCUCCGCGACGAGUUUCAGGUUCUCCUUGAUAAUGACAGGGAGGAAGACAUGGCGCGCAUGUACAGUUUGCUUUCGCGCAUUGCUGGUGGCCUCGACCCCUUGCGGGCCAAAUUCGAAAAUCACGUUCGCAAGGCCGGAUUGGCUGCUGUCGCCAAGGUGGCCUCCGAUGCCGACAAGUUGGAGCCCAAGGUCUACGUGGAUGCGCUACUUGAGAUUCACACGCAGUAUCAAGGCUUGGUCAAGCGCGCGUUCAACGAUGAGGCCGAGUUUACAAGAUCCCUCGAUAACGCGUGCAGGGAAUUCGUCAACCGCAAUGAAGUCUGCAAGUCUGGAUCCAACAAGUCGCCGGAGCUCCUGGCCAAGUAUACCGAUAUCCUUUUGCGCAAGAGCAGCACUGGUGUGGAAGAUGGUGCUCUGGAGGAGACUUUGACGCAGAUCAUGACUGUGUUCAAAUACAUUGAGGACAAAGAUGUCUUUCAAAAGUUCUACUCUCGCAUGUUGGCUCGCCGGUUGGUUCACAGCAACUCGUCGUCCGAUGACGCCGAGACUAGCAUGAUCAGCAAGCUCAAGGAGGCGUGCGGAUUCGAGUACACCAGCAAGCUGCAGCGCAUGUUCCAGGAUAUGCAGAUCUCCAAAGAUCUGAAUACUGGCUUCAAGGGGCACGUACAGGCCAGCAUCGAGGGCAAGAACUUGGACUCUACCUACUCGGUACUGGGCACAGGUUUCUGGCCCCUGACUGCCCCGGGGACAAACUUCAACCCACCGGAGGAAAUUGCGCAAGAUUGCGAGCGCUUCACACGUUUCUAUAAGCACAAGCACGAUGGCCGGAAGCUCACCUGGUUGUGGCAGCUUUGCAAGGGAGACAUCAAGGCGAACUAUGUUCGAAACGCCAAGAUGCCAUACACAUUUUCAGUAUCUGUGUAUCAGAUGGCCAUCUUGCUUCUGUUCAACGAAAAGCUUCAAAACACGUAUGAGGAAAUUGCGCAAACAACUCAGCUCAACAGCGAAUCUCUGGAUCCAGCGCUCCUGGUCUGCCUCAAAGCCAAGGUCCUGACCUGUGAUUCUGGUGCCAAGGUGGGGCCUGGCAAUACAUAUUCUCUGAACCUCGACUUCAAGAACAAGAAGUACAGGGUCAAUCUGAACGUUGGCAUGAAGAGCGAGACGAAGCAGGAGGAAGCAGAGACGAACAAGACGAUUGAAGAAGACAGGAAACUGUUGCUUCAGUCUGCCAUUGUCCGCAUCAUGAAGGCCCGCAAGAAGAUGAAGCACCAGCAGCUCGUUUCCGAAACCAUUAACCAAAUCCGGUCCCGUUUUGUGCCCAAGGUUGCCGAUAUCAAGAAGUGUAUCGAGAUUUUGCUCGACAAGGAGUACCUCGAGCGCUUGGAGGACGAUGAGCUCGGUUAUCUGGCGUAAUAUCACUUCGUCGGGUUGCUGGGGCCGAAGACGAGGGUAUUUAUAGAGAGGAAACAAACAACCGGACAGCGAAAAAAGAGGUGGAUGGGGAACGGAGUUGCUAAAUUGUUUGUAUCUCGCAGAACGAUGGAUAUGGGGAGCGACAGGGAAACAACAAACCGGGCAAGGUUCGGCUUUAGCCAUCAACGCCCAUUAAACAGUUGAUAAGUUUUUCUUUUGAGGGUCGGGCAAGGGAUUUGGGAGGGUCAGGUUGGGCUUGGUCAGGUGCAUUUGUAGCCUUUUUCAUCCAUGAUGGCACCCUAAGUAGCAAGGAAUCAGUCGCCCACACUCCAAAUGGGCUCUCUGGAUCUCCAGUCCCAUUACUUUUGCUCAGGUAGUUUGCAGUAAGCGGUUCCACGCCUAGCGAGUUGGCAAAUCAAGGCUCCGGUGGGUCAUGGUAACUUUAACGGAAGACGGAAGACAGAAACGGCGUGUAUGUUUGUGCAAAUGUGAUCUUGACGUCUUUCGUGGA